AGCGGGCACCGCCACCCCCUCUCAUCAUCACACUGCGUCCUUUGCGCAACCGGCAAGUUUCGGAGCACUUGGAGAGCACUCGCACAACGAGCGCGUGAUGCUCCAUAUGAAUUCUGAGUUCUAGAGAGAGAUUACAGCAGGCCAGUGUGCGACGCAAGCAGAGUUUCACAGGACGAGACUGGAAAUGGCCCACGAGCGAUGGUGCACCUUUGAAACUGCUCCCGAGAACACACCGGCACACAGUGAAUUCAAUCUCCAUUUAGCUCUGGGCUUUUCCUGCCUCACAGCAAAUCUCAUUUGACUAAUGGGAAAAGACUUCAAAUGGGAAAUUACUGUUGGGUUGUUGUGCUGUAAAUGAUGCCGUCCCGUUGUGUUUUCUGAGUUUCUCUUAUAACAGCUGUUAUAAUGUCAAACCAAGUUUAUUUGCUUUGCCCUGCAUCAUUUACAAAGUCCGCUUAAGCUUCACGACCCGGGCUUCCAACAGCAAAGACGAGGAAAAACCUCUACCGAACAGCCAAAAAAAGGAAAGAAAAGAAACAGAUGACCCGUGUGAUCUGAAAGCAGAGACCGACCCCACCAUGGACAACGAGAUAACUGCCAAGGAGAGAGGCGUCCUGGAGGAGGACAACGAGAAGGAGGAGAUGGACCAGGAGCGAGCUCGGGAGGAGGAAGGGGAAGAGAAGAAGCAGAGGGAGGAGGAGGAGGAGGAGGAGGGGGAAGGGGAAGACAAGGGCAGUAAGGAGCAGGAGCCGCUGACGGAGGAGCAGGAGCUGGAGGAGCUGAGGGCCCAGGUGCUGCAGGUGCUGCUGGAGCUGGAGGACGCCAGGGAGACCUCCAGCCAACACCAGGAGAGUUUCAACGAGCUGCAGGGUCUGUUGGAGGAUGAGCGUCUGGCCUGUGCCCAUCAGGCUGAAGCCUUCACACGCCAGAUCCAGAAUCUUCAAUCCCAGCUGCGCUCUGUACAGGAGGAGAUGGACAGCCUGGAGGAGGAGAAGGAGAGCGAGCUAGCUGAGGCCCAGGAGGAGCUGCGCGUGGCUCAGGAGGAGGUGCUCCUGCUCCAGCAGGCCGCGGAGGAGGCGGCGGCAGAGAGGGAGAACGACAUCGCCUCGCUGCAGGAGGAGCUGUGUCGCCGGCGGGCCGAGCUGCAGCGUCUCAGCGAGGAGACCCAGGAGUACGAGCUGGAGAUCACCACGCUGAGGGCCGAGAUCAGCAUGAAGAGUCAGCGCCGGGAAGCCGAGAGGAGAGAGGGUGACGUGGACCUGCUGAAGGAGGAGUGCCGAAUGCUGAGGGAGGAGUGUCAGACCCUGAAGGAGGACAACAGACGUCUGACCGAGAGGCUGCAGCUGCUGCAGAGACAGAGGACAUGCUCCAGUGUCUACCUCUCACUGAAGGAGGAAGAUGUGGGGGAGGACACAGAGAGGAAGGAGAUGGAAACUGGCCCCGACGAGGUCAUGACAGAGAGCUACAUGACCAUGGCGCAGUCUGGGAACUGUCGCCUGGUGGACGCCUCCAUCCAGAAGAAUAUUUCAUUUGACGGGAAGCCUGUGACACCGACCGGCUGGAACGGAGGCGUUGGGGAGAUCUUCUCCCUGAGGGACCAGCUGAAACAGGCCGAGGAGAAGGCCUCACAGGUUCAGAAACAGUGUGACGGUCUGAAGACGGAGCUGCAGGAGCUGCAGGUACUGUAUGACAGUAGUCAGAGGGAGAGAGCGGAGCUGGAGGAGGAGCUGCAGCGCUGCAAGGCAGAGCUGGAGAAGCUGUCAGGGGGGGCUCAGAGAUUCAUCCAUCCAUCUGAGCACCCUGUUCUCUCCAUCCCCUUCAUAGGAAUGAUUGUAAUAGUGGCUGUGGUCUGGUGCUGGUUGUCGGAGCUGGCGUCCCAGAGAGUAAGGGGAGUGAGGUAGGUUGGAACUCCAUUUUGACUAUCACCGCAGCCGCCGCAGUGCUGCUGAUGAUGACCAGUUUGUUGAGAGCGCUCGUCCGAUGUUGAUUGGACGGGCAACGGCUGCACAGGGACAGACGUCUGCUUCAGACCAGCCCUCGUUCUCUCUCCUGCCCAUAGACUGAACUGGAAUUCUCUAGACGUGAUAGAGCUGUCAACUUUGUGCUAGAAAUUGUAAGGGGGAAUUUUAUCUGUAAUGAGACGGUACGACGUGCACAAGCAGACUGAGAACAAUGCUCUCAGUCUCGUCUUACUGGCAGUGGACGAGAAGAUUGCUACGGAUGAUGACCUGCAGAGAGAGUCCACGUGAAGACUGGUAUCCCCCCACUAAAUGUAUGCCGGUGCUGUGUCUUCUCUCCCAUGUGUCUGUAAAUAUUCCUGUCCUUCUUUCCUUUCUCCAAUUCUGAUGAAAAUUAAGAUUUUGAUUAUUAAUGUGCACCAAAUGGUUUUCCGUUUAUUUAACGAUUAUUUAUUUAUUUGUUUGUUUGCUUAGAUAUUGUUCAUAGCUGUGUUUGAUAAUCACGACGGAUUAGUCGGAACAUUUAAUACAAUGAAAACCCCUAAAAAUUAAGAGUAAGAGCAGUUUGCAUUUUUUUGUCAAUGAGUUUCACUAUUUGAAACUUUCCCCAAAGUAUGAAAUGCAAAACAACACUGUAUCGUCACAAAUCGACAAUUUUACACAAUCUAUUAUCCUGCCAAUGUUAUUCUGCCCUUUGCAACAUCAGCUCUUUCCAUUGAAAACACAAUUGAUAUGAUAUUCCGUGAUGAACAGGUAUAAGCGUACUAGGCGCCUGUCAAUAUAAAGUAUAUGUAUAAAGCUAAUGUGUAACCCGACGUCGCCCCUGGUGGGUGGAGACAGCGCGUCUUUGCAGUGUCUUUCAGUUAUGCGCUUUGCUCCGAGCCCCGUCUGUCCGCCUGCCUCGGCAUCGUCUUGUGUCUGACUCUGAAAUCAGACAACUCCCAUGUCUCCCUUUAAUUAUCACUUAACGGAGAAGCCAGAGAGUCAGUGCAGUGUUUCUGAUUCAUCCUGCCCGCUCGCGGUUCACUAUGACUACCUGACUUAAACUCGCAGCUGCACUGUUACGCUUAAAACAUAGUUCAUCACAGUUUCGUCAUGUGCUGGUAAAUGAAUCUCAGCAACUUUGGGAGCAAACUCUGGGAAACGAUGAGGCUAUAUUAUUAUUUUUUCUUGUAUUUCAAUUCGAUGUCGAUGUUGUGAAAUAAACCUUUUUCUAUUCUCUCCAGUGGGGUUUAACUGACUGGAGUGUGUUGUCAGAAAGAUUUAUGGUCUAGUACAGUGUGAUAAUGUUGACUAACACCAUUCCUUUGUUUACUUACAGCAUGCUUUAAGUAACAAACUGCAGAUCUGACCAACACCAGUUGGCAUCUGGUCAAACCUAAAUUAAACCAUUGAUGCGGGUGAAGGGAACGAUCACGUUUAGUUGUUUGCGGGGGCAAAUUUUUACGGAAGGAUUUAUAUCGUCUCAGCAUAAAAUGAAAAGUAUACAUGUGGAAGGACUCUGAUUAUUGUUUACAUUUGUGAAACCUUUUUUGUGUGAAAAUCUUUUGGAAUUGAAAAAAGCAUGCUAGAAAUCCUAUAGAAGCACAAUAUACUGUAUCAUUUAUGUAGGUUAUGCUCAUCAUGUUGCUUUGUAUUUAAUGUAAAUAGGAUGUGACAUAUAGUACUACGGGAGAGAUAUUUCUUAAAUCCAUUUGUACCAGCUUUGUAGAAAGUUGAUUCUAUUUUGAAAGAGCAUCGUAUAUUUGAUAGCAAAAUAAUAUGCUACGUAAAUGUUUAUUUAUGGUGACGUCAUUAAGGAGGCCUACGAGCAUUGCUAAUCAUUUUCAGGACCUCUAAGUUCAAAGUUGCCAUAGUCAUCGCAUGCAUUUAGACUGCAUUUGACCGUAGGUUCGUAGGACUCCUGGUUAUUCCAGUUCAGAUUUCAUUAUGUAAUUGAAAUUUUUUGUCAUUAAAUUUUGUGUCAUUAAACAGAACCGUGAUAAGCAAUGCCUGACCAAUGAUAUGUCUGCAUGUGAACAUUCUUUAAGGAAAUAAUUUCCCACUGGACUGCAGUGAUGUUGCACUGUCUAGAAAAUAGAAAAUUGAAUUCCCAUUGACUGCAAUACUACAUAUGAAUGUUGUUGGAUUCAGGACAUUAUUUAUCAUUAUUUCUGAACUUAUUUCAUGAAUAUUGACGUAAUCGUAGUCUCCUCAGAUUCUCAGUUGCACAGUGUUGCUCAGCUUGCUGCUUUAGAUAUUGAUAGCAGUGUUGUUCUCAAUAUAUUUGUGGCUAUUUUGUUACCUGGAGGUCUAUUUUGUACAGUAAAUGACUUGAGAAAAUAAAUAUACCCACCCCAA